UAAGCCUAGGUAGAUUAAUGCUGCGGGACUCUGAAAUGUUUGCCGUAUAAAAGCUCUGUUGAUAAAACAAUGUGUGGUUUCUGUGGAGGAACUCUGAUCUGGCAGAUGGCUACAAAAGUUGCUCCACGUUAAAGACAGCGCGCCACGCUUUGGGCUCAUGUGGCUUAAUGGGAUUUUAGAGUCAAACGAUUUCUAUAUAUGAAAAAAAAAGAGGCUGUUUAAUCUCUCUUGAUUUUUUUUUCCACAAAACUGAGCCCGUCCCAUGGUUUUAGCAUUCGUGGAAAAAAAAAAGGAAGAAAAAAGAAAAGCGGAGCGUCGGCUACGAUCGUCGAACGCUACAGCGCAGGCGGCCUAUCAGCUACGAGAGCCGGAGAGAUGCCCUGUGGACCGUUUCUCUGAGCGCGCUCAGUCAAUUUGACUCACUUCAUCCCGGGCUGCCGUGCACGCCUUCUCCAGAAGCGUUCUCCAAACGAGGACAGACACCAGAGCUGUUCCUCCGCCGCCGCCGCCGCCUGCCGUAGACGCAUCCUCAUUCAGCUUCUCCUCUCCGGAGCCUCAGCUUCCACUCCAGACGAGCGGGGAUCAAACGGCACCUUUUUGGAUCUUCUGGCUCCUCGAGUUCAACUCAGGAGAGGUGCCCCACCACCUGGUUCCCACCAGAUCCCAUCAUGCCUCACUCCUUCCAGCAGAAAAAAGCCCAUCAAAUGCUCCUCCUCUGCCCAGGAGUGAACGGUAUGAGAAAAGAGGGUGAUCCUGUGGUCUGGGCCCACCACAAACAGGCCUUCCAAGAAGUUGAGAAGAUGUCUUGCGCAGCAGACAGCUGCAUACAGUUCACCCGGCACGCCAGCGACGUCCUGCUCAACCUGAACCGUCUGCGCAGCCGAGACAUCCUCACCGAUGUCACCAUCCUGGUCAACAGGCAGCAGUUCCGUGCGCACAAGACCGUCCUCAUGGCUUGCAGUGGACUGUUUUACACCAUCUUCACCGACUCCCACAAGUGCAACCUGAACGCCAUCAGUCUGGACCCGAAGGUGGACCCGGAGGGCUUUGCCAUCCUGCUGGAGUUCAUGUACACGUCCCGUCUGGCGCUGAAGGAAAGCCUGAUCAUGGCCAUCAUGAACACGGCCAUCUACCUGCAGAUGGACCACGUGGUGGACACCUGCCACCGAUUCAUCAAAUCCAGUGACCCAGCAGCCAAGCUGCCCAGAGACGAGUUUUUGGUCAGUCCCUUGGUCUUACCUCCGGACGUCCACGCGUACCGGCCCCACGACGUUGUGGACAGUUUGCACAGUCGCAUGGCUCCRUUCAGGGACGGGAGACCCUACGGCGCCAACAUGUUCGGCGGGGUCAGCACCCCCAGCAACUACCACCUGUAYGGGCAGUUCCCCAUGCCGGGAUUCCCCUUCCCCCUCUGCAAGCUGACCGAYGCCAAAAAUGCUUUCGCCGACCUCUCGAAGAGCGGGCUCCACUACAAGCACUGCGCCCCCCACGACGGCACCGUCAGGGCAGAGUACACCCGGGCGCUGGGCGCCGGCAGCCUCCUCCACUCCUCCGCCUACGCAUCCAGGGAGGCAGGGAGGGACGAGGAGCUGAGGAAGGAGGGCCACGAGGGCGUGGGCCCGCCUAUCGUUCUCAGCUCCAGAAAGCGCGCCUUUCCCGUGUUGACUCUGGAGCAGCAGAAAGACUCAAGCAAAGAGCACGCUGCGCCGGCGGAGGAAGACCUCCUUCAUCAGCACUUCCCGCUGGGGGUCUCCUCCGCGGGGCGUAAGAGUCUCAUGAGCAGCCCCCAGAGCCCCCUGAAAUCAGACUGCCAGCCCAACUCCCCGACAGAGUCCAGCAGCAGCAAGAACGCCGGCCUCGCCCACAUCRGCGGAGCGCUGGCCUCGCAGGGGGCGCCGGACCCCAAAGCUCGCAACUGGAAGAAGUACAAGUUCAUCGUGCUCAACCAGAGCGCCAAGGAGGACGAGGCGGGGCUUCACUCCCCUCAGCGCCUCGGCCUGCAGCCCUACCUUCACCCCGGCGACUCGGAGAACCUCGACCUCCAGGCCACGAGCAAAAGCAGCGAGCACAGCGAGGACCUGCCGGUGCCGCAGGCGAGUCGCCUCAACAACAUCAUCAGCAGCGCGCUCGAGGGGUCCCUGAGGAGCGGCGAAGGCCACCCACCGCACUACCUGAACCGCAUCAGCUGCUCCACCUGCGGCUCCCGGUCCCCGCAGCACUCCGACGUCUGUCCCAACAGCUCCAGGUCCCGGCACUCAGAAGACAUGGCAGAGCUGCACUCGGAGUACUCCGACUCCAGCUGUGAAAACGGGGCAUUCUUCUGCAACGAGUGCGACUCAAAGUUUGCCGACGACGAAGCUCUGAAGCAGCACAUGCUUCAAGUGCACAGCGACAAGCCAUACAAGUGUGACCGCUGCCAGGCCGCCUUCAGGUACAAGGGCAACCUGGCCAGCCACAAAACUGUCCACACAGGAGAGAAGCCGUACCGUUGCAACAUCUGUGGUGCUCAGUUUAACAGACCAGCUAACCUCAAGACUCACACUCGCAUCCACUCAGGAGAGAAGCCAUACAAAUGUGAGACGUGUGGAGCUCGUUUCGUUCAGGUCGCUCACCUUCGCGCUCACGUGUUGAUCCACACCGGAGAGAAACCGUACCCGUGUGAGAUCUGCGGGACGCGCUUCCGCCACCUGCAGACGCUGAAGAGCCACCUGCGCAUCCACACGGGAGAAAAGCCCUACCAUUGUGAAAAAUGCAACUUGCACUUCCGCCACAAGAGUCAGCUCCGGCUGCACCUCCGACAGAAGCACGGCGCCAUCACCAACACCAAGAUCCAGUACCGGAUGUCGACGGCGGACAUGCCCACUGACUUGACRAAGGCGUGCUAGGCUGACGACCCCUGGACCUUUCGCCAUCUCCCGACACUCAAAACGUGUACAAUCAUCCCCAAAAGGAAAAGGGAAAAAAAAAAGAAGUGUAGUGCCACACUGUGUUCAUUCGACAAUUACAGCGGCUGUUUGCCACGCUAAACGGGUUUUCCACUACAUGUGAACGUAGAGGCUGCAAGGCGGCGUCUGAGUCACUUUAUGGUUCAUAUAUAUAUAUAUAUAUUU